UGACACAAUGAUACCGACAACAAUGGUUUCACCAGUCCAAGAAGGGUGGGGAUGUCUAUAAGGUCCUCGUACCGGCUUCAUUUUACCCAUUUCCAAGCAGACCAUCCUGAACUAUUUAUUCCCGACUUGCGAUCCGUUGCUAGAAGAGUUCCAAAUUUCUAUUUGGCCAAUCGAAGAAAGUACCGGUUGACAUAUUUACGUCUGUGAAAAUGAUUCUCCCAAUUGUUGCAAUUCUGAGUAUCGCCGGUGCCGUCACGGCUGUUGAUCUACCGGAAUUUCUGCACGUCUGCAAGAGGAAGGAUCCUCAAGUAGAAGCGUGCAUGACGCAAAGCGUCGAAUAUCUGCGACCGUAUUUAAUGAAGGGCGUCCCCGAGUGCAACAUCCCUGCCUUGGAACCGCUCUUGCUGAAGGAAUUGGUGGCAACCGAAGGAACCGGUAUAAGGAUAACAGCAAACGACGUCCAUGCCUAUGGCGCAAGCAACUUCAACGUCAGGCGAUUGAAAAUUGACCUGAACCUACUGCGCUUCGAGGUUGAUGUUGAUCUACCACAUUUAUUCAUCGAUGGACAGUAUCAAGUCGAUGGAAGGGUUCUUCUUUUACCAAUCCGUGGAUCUGGACCGAUGAAAGGCAACUUUACUGGAUGUACCGGAGCAGUAAAACUUCAGGGUGAAAUUCUUAAAGGAGAUGACGGAGAGGAGCAUCUUCAUUUCUCUGAUUUCCGCAUGAAGAUCUCAAUUGGAAAGGGGAAUCUACUUCUGGAGAAUCUAUUCGGUGGUGAACGCACUCUUGGUGAUAUUGUUAAUUCUGCGAUUAACAGCAAUUUUGAUGCCUUCAUUCGUGAACUUCAACCCCUCAUUGAGAAAGCUUUGUCCGAAGCUUUUCUUGAAAUAGCAAACAACAUUGUAGGACCGUUCACAUAUCAGCAACUGUUCCCUGACGAUUAGAUUCUCGUUCCUCUUUUCUCUUGUGGUUCUUUUUAUUAGAUAUCUAGAUUUACUUUGUCACUAUCUCUAAGAAUAAUAAAAGAUACAAAAUAAUA